AUGCGUUGUUACCAAAGCCCGCACAGACGCCCAGGCACACUUGAAGCGAUAAAACUGCUGAGACGCUUGAAAGAAGAGUUCCCGGGGUGGCGGUAUUGCACAGAACGGUGUAAUUCUGGCCAUUGCUCACAUAUUGAUGAAACUAUACUGGGAGAUGUCGUAGAAGAUGCAUGGGAGCUUGCAGAUCCGCUGGCACUUCCGCUCGAGCCCAGAAGGGAACUCAAGACUCCAGUCAGGACGUUACCCACUCCAGAUAAUAAAGAAGUUGACGUUCCCGAUACUGAGCGUCUCAGUGUACAGAGUUGGCUCGUCGCGUUAUAUGAGGCAGUACCACAUCCACCACUCGAAUCUGAGAAGCUUGAGCAAACAGUCCCUCCAGUGUUCGUGCUACACAAGACCGUAGCAGUCGACGAUGGCGAUGUUGACAAGCUCGUGCUAGAGAGAACAGUGCUACUUGAAGGUUGUGAAGAAGUUGAGGCUCCCGCAGAACUUGAGGUCGCCACUGAAGCUCUCGAUGAACCAGAGAUCCCUGCGGAACUCGUAGAAAAGGUGGAACUAGAGGCUACCGAUGCGCUUGAGGUCGCAAUAGAGGACACCACACUUAUAGGCAAUGCCGAACUGGAAGUCGUCAAUGUACUUAAGGUCGUCGUUGAGGCUGUAGACGACGAAAAGCCUCCAAAUCCUCCGAAGCUGAAGCUGGGAAAUGAAAAACUUGCAAAGCUGAAUGUGAAGAUAGAGCUAGAGACCACUGAAGUGCUUGUAGAGACCGAACUAAUGAUCGUAACCGAAAUCGAGGAUACGCUCGACGUUGUUGUGGCAAAAGCGACGCUCGACGUGGAUGUUGCAACGGUGGUCGUGGAUGAGGAAGACCGAGACGAGGAAAGCACUGUAGCAGAGCUCGUAACAGCCGGCGAGCUCGUCGUUAGCGCUGUCGAUGAAGACGUAGCCACUGAAGGGGCCGGCGUCCGUACGGCAUCCCAAACCGUAGGAUUAUAA